UGAAAGCACCACAGCAUCACGCUGCGCUGACAGUUGGUCUGUUAGCUCUAAAACGGUUCAGGAGGAAGUCUGUGAGACCGAUUGCAGAAAUGAGCCUUCAGGUCUGCAACUGUUGUGGUUGGUCCAAAGUGACGACCUAUCAGGGCUUGAGGAUCCACCAAGGCAGAAUGGGAUGCACGCCGCAGGGUGUGAGGAUCACACAGCCUCAGCAGCAGUACAUCAGCGCUUUUGCAGGACAGGAAAAGGUUGAUCUGAGCUACAAGCUUGACCAGAGCAUGUUCAAAACAGAAAGUACAAAUUACUAUUCAGACAUGAGCCUCCAGAUCUGUCACUGUGGCUGGAAUAAAAUGACGAGUUAUCGUGGGCUGAGAAUCCACCAGGGGAGGAUGGGCUGCACACCGAAGGGGGCGGCGAUUCCAAAGGAAGAGCAGAAAUUCUGGAAAGAUUGCUGGAACCCACAAGUGGGUCACAAAAAUUACCCUCCAUCAAAUAUAGUGAAAAUAAAAAAGGAGAAUUCCCCUCCAACACCAAGGAUAAAAAACUUCAACAACUCUUCAGCAGCAGUCAGGGUCAAAAAGCAACGGAACCCAACCUCUGAAAAUGCAACAAGAUCAAAGUCGCGCCGUUAUGUGGAGGAGCAUGCCAUGUUUUCAAAGAGACCAGAGGUCUGCUGGAGCUCUGUGAGCUGUUAUAAUGACACAACAGCAGCCUCUGGAAUCAAGGAGGAGCCUGUUUCAUCUCCAGACGUGUCUCCUCAAAUAUCCCCAGAUCUUCACAAUGUAUCAUGGGGCAAGUUUGACAUCUCCUCACAUCACCUUCAGAUGAAACGUUUACCCAACAAGCUUCCAGCUGUUGUAUUUAUGGAAGCAGUCAUCCAUUCAGAGGAAGACUAUAGAUCUGUCAUCAGACUUCCAGCGACUCUGCCUGUAGUCCUGAACGACGAGAAAGAUUCACCAUUACCAGCAUCAGGGCAGGAGGCACCGAGAUCUCAGCUUCUGAAAGAAAUUCAGGAUUGUUUAGAAAAAUUAAGAAAGAAGAGAGAUGAGAUGAAGAGAAACGACAGCCUAUCAAACUCAGGUCAUGAGAAUGGGGCCAAGUCAUUAUGGAUCCAGACCUACUCAGAGUCUAAGGAGGAGAAAAAUACCUCUCCUUCGGCCAGACAGUCCUUGCUCAAGCAUUCCGAUGAAUCAAGAGCAGCAGCUGCUGAGCAGAUAAACCAUAUCGUCAGAAAACAUCCAAAAGCUCGACCUCCUGUUCUGCCUAAGAAAAAGAACCUACAUUCUUUCGCUGGAAAGCCAGAGAAAAAUACAAGAUCUUCAGUCAUCAUCAAUGGGGAAAUGGUUCAGUCAAAAAAGGACAGCAAGGAAGAUGAACAGAAUGUGACGCCUUCAUCAAAAUUCAGUUCCCCGGUGAAGAAAGACAAGUCAUGUUUCACAGCGCCUCCCAUCUCCACAAAAGAAACCUCAAACAGAAAAACAGCAGCUGCUGAGCAGGUGAGCAGCGAAGUUCCCCCUGUUGUGCCGCCGAAGAGGAACAUACGUUCAUUCAGAGUGAAGCAACUGCAACAGCGAGAUGACCCGAAUGACCUGCAAAAGUCAAAUACAAUGAGUGGGGAAAUGAAGAAUGUGACGCCUUCAUCAAAAUUCAGUUCCCCGGUGAAGAAAGACAAGUCAUGUUUCACAGCGCCUCCCAUCUCCACAAAAGAAACCUCAAACAGAGAAACAGCAGCUGCUGAGCAGGUGAGCAGCGAAGUUCCCCCUGUGGUGCCGCCGAAGAGGAACAUACGUUCAUUCAGAGUGAAGCAACUGCAACAGCGAGAUGACCCGAAUGACCUGCAAAAGUCAAAUACAAUGAGUGGGGAAAUGAAGGUGAAAGAACUGGUGCAGAGGUUUUCUGCCUUUGCGCCCCAAGAGAAAACAGCUGGAGCCAAGGAGAAACUUGGAUCAAAACAGAGAGUGCAGCUUCGGGCUCAAAGACCUUCUAUCGUCCCAACCCAGGAAACAAGAGUUCAACUGAAGGUUGAAGACAGGAAGGAGGAGAGUGCUACAGAAAUUACUUCUGACAUAACAGCAUCAAAGGAUUCACAGAAAAAGGAUGCACCUCCAUCAUCUGAAACAGCCAAGCAUGUCGUUUCCACCGGGAAUAAGGUGAAGGAGCUAGCUCAGAUGUUUUUGGGGAAGCAAACAGCAGUCGGGCCAAAGAUUAAACUCGGACAAGAGUGCAGACCGAAACAGACAUUACUGCACUCAAAAAGUUGUCUAACAGGAAAACAAACGGCAAAGGCAACCACAAUUUAUCAGGAACACAAAUCCUCAGCAGAUGAAGCCUCUCAGGACUCUGUUAUCGCUUCUGGUCCAAAGGUAAAGGAUCUGGCUCGGAUGUUUUCAACUAAGACCAUAUAGGCAUUGGUUUUCCAACUGAAGAUGAGAAAAGAAAAAGACUUAAGACAUUGGCUUAAUCGUCUGUUUCUCAAGAAAUAUCUGACAGUACUCAUAUUGUGGCUCUCUGUAAGACAGUUGUACACUGUUUCUGCUAAUAGUUUUCUAAUGUUCAAGUGUUUGCUGAAGCUCUCUUUAAAUAUCAGCCUGUUAGCUCUGUUUUGAUAGGCCUUGUUGUAUUAAGGGCAGUGGUUGGCUUCAGCUGCCUUGGUCCUUAUCCCUGCGCCCUGGGUGAGGUGGAAGUCUCAGCCUUUUUUCUAGCUUAACACCCUUGCUGUUUAUGUGUGUGGGUGUGUUUGUGAUGGGCUGGGGGUGAGUAUGAGUGUAGUUAUGUAUAGGUUGGAUUUUAUAUGUGAGAGGUAAUUUGAAUGACAUUUAUUGUAUGAAAAUUGAUUUAUGAAUAAAGUAUAAUAUGAUUUGUUUUUGAA